AUGGAUACUUUAGGGUUGAACAAGAAGGCAGCUAGACAAUGGGGAAAGGCAAAGCUCUUGCCUAAUUCGAAUUUCAUGCAUGCUUCAGAUUUUCAGGAGGUUAAGGCGUUUCCUGGGGCAUACCAGUGGGGAUCAGUUUCUGCGGUCCGCAGAAACCAAUUUGGCGGUAUGUUUCAGAACGCGACGCCGCUUUUACUAGGCGGAUCAGUUCCCUUAACAAAUCAUUCUUCUCUUGUUCCACGAGUGGCUUCCUCUGGAUCAUCUCCUCAGCUCACUAUCUUCUAUGGUGGGACUGCUCAAGCCAUCAUGUUAUGUGCCGGUAACGGUUUGAGAGGUGAAAAUGGAGAGAGUGGUUUGAAGAAAAAACCGGUUCAAGAAGCUGAAAGAGUGUGUAGGGACAAUUCCGUUGCAGCGACUAAUGCAAUGAACAUGAUCGAAUCAUUCCAUGCAAGUCAUGGCAAUAUGAUUCCUUCAGUUCCGCAAGCUCGGAAAGCAUCGUUGGCUCGGUUCUUGGAGAAGCGCAAAGAGAGGCUCUUGAGUGCAAUGCCAUACAAGAAAAUGCUUCUUGAUUUGUCGACCGGAGAAUCCAGUGGAAUGAAUUACUCUUCUACUUCUCCUACCUAA